CUCCGCCGGAGCGGGCGGCCGGGCUGCGCGGGGGCUGCCGCAGCGCGGGGCUGCGGGCGGAGCUCCGCCGUGGGCAGGCUGCUGGUCUGAAGAAGUUGAAUUGAACAGCAAGUUCUUAUUAGUGGGGAACACCUUAAUCUCAAUAAUGAAGAAAAGCCGAAGUGUCAUGGCAGUGACUGCAGAUGAGAAUGCUCUGGAUUACCUGGAGUGUGGGCUGAGCAAGUCCUUCAGUACUUCCAGCCAUGCUCUGGGCAUAGACCUCUGGAGAGGAAGAAGGUGCUGUUCUGGCAACCUGCAGUUACCACCACUAUCCCAAAGACAAACAGAGAAAGCGAGGACACCUGACAGAGACAUCGUCUGUAGACCAACAACUCUGCCCUUGUUGGCACCUCCAAGUAUUGCAAUCACCACUUACCAAGACUGCUUCGAUGUGGAAAAUGGCCCUUCCCCCGGCCGCAGCCCGCUGGACCCGCAGGCCAGCUCCUCCUCAGGGUUGGUGCUGCACACCACCUUCCCUGGGCACAGCCAGCGCCGGGAGUCCUUCCUCUACCGCUCAGACAGCGACUACGACUUGUCUCCAAAGACCAUGUCCAGGAACUCCUCUCUCCCAAGCGAACAGCACGGAGAUGACCUGAUCGUCACACCUUUCGCACAGGUGCUGGCCAGCUUGCGGAGCGUGAGGAACAACUUCACGCUGCUCACCAAUUUGCACGGGACGGCCAACAAGAGAUCUCCUGCAACGAGUCAGCCACCUGUCUCUAGAGUGAACCUGCAAGAGGAGCCCUACCAGAAGCUGGCCAUGGAGACGCUGGAGGAGCUCGACUGGUGCCUGGACCAGCUGGAGACCAUCCAGACGUACCGCUCCGUCAGCGAGAUGGCCUCCAACAAGUUCAAGAGGAUGCUGAACCGCGAGCUGACGCACCUCUCCGAGAUGAGCCGCUCCGGCAACCAGGUGUCCGAGUACAUCUCCAACACCUUCCUGGACAAGCAGAAUGAUGUGGAGAUUCCUUCUCCCACUCAGAAGGACAGAGAGAAGAAGAAAAAGCAGCAGCUCAUGACCCAGAUCAGCGGAGUGAAAAAAUUAAUGCAUAGUUCAAGCUUAAAUAAUACCAGCAUCUCGCGGUUUGGUGUGAAAACAGAAAAGGAAGAUCAUCUGGCCAAGGAGCUGGAGGAUCUGAAUAAGUGGGGUCUGAACAUAUUUAACGUUGCCAGGUAUUCCCACAACAGGCCGCUCACCUGCAUCAUGUACGCCAUAUUUCAGGAGCGAGAUCUACUGAAGACAUUCAAGAUCUCAUCAGACACUUUUGUGACGUACAUGAUGACAUUGGAAGACCACUACCAUUCGGACGUGGCGUACCACAACAGCCUGCAUGCUGCUGAUGUCGCCCAGUCCACCCACGUUCUCCUCUCCACCCCUGCACUGGAUGCUGUCUUCACCGACUUGGAAAUCCUCGCUGCAAUUUUUGCAGCCGCAAUUCACGACGUGGAUCACCCUGGUGUCUCCAACCAGUUUCUGAUUAACACAAAUUCCGAGCUGGCACUGAUGUACAACGACGAGUCCGUCCUGGAGAACCACCACCUGGCAGUGGGCUUCAAACUGCUGCAGGAGGAGCACUGCGACAUCUUCCAGAACCUGACCAAGAAGCAGCGGCAGACGCUCAGGAAGAUGGUGAUUGACAUGGUAUUGGCAACAGAUAUGUCCAAGCACAUGAGCCUGCUGGCAGAUCUGAAGACGAUGGUGGAAACUAAGAAGGUGACCAGUUCAGGAGUCCUCCUGCUGGACAACUACACGGACAGGAUACAGGUUCUCCGAAACAUGGUACAUUGUGCAGACUUGAGUAAUCCCACAAAGUCCCUGGAGCUGUACCGGCAGUGGACAGACAGAAUCAUGGAGGAAUUCUUCCAGCAGGGAGACAAAGAGAGGGAAAGGGGAAUGGAAAUCAGCCCCAUGUGUGACAAACACACGGCGUCGGUGGAAAAAUCACAGGUCGGAUUCAUCGACUACAUUGUGCACCCGCUGUGGGAGACGUGGGCUGACCUGGUGCAGCCGGACGCACAGGACAUCCUGGACACUCUGGAGGACAACAGGAACUGGUACCAGAGCAUGAUCCCACAGAGCCCCUCACCCCCGUUGGAGGAGCGGGGCCAGGACUGCCCCGGCCUGAUGGAGAAGUUCCAGUUUGAGCUGACCUUGGAGGAGGAGGAUUCGGACGGGCCCGAGAGGGAAGGCGAGAGCAUCGGCUACUUCCGCAGCACGAAGAUGCUGUGCACGGGCAGCCCGGGGCAGGAGGACGUGCAGCGGGAGGCGAACAUAGAAAUUGUGACAGAGGACACGUCUCCCGUUGACACAUAAUGCCCUGCACCUGUGUAAGUGGAUUGGAAACGCUUAACGAGCAUGCAAGCGGUCUGGUGGGACUCGCCUGCAGCCUGGGCCUUAAGCCUGUGCCUGACAUUGGCUGACGGAUCUGUGGGUCCGUGGGGCUGUCAGGGCUCUGUGCUGAACAAUGGCUCAGGAAACGCCGUGAGUGAUGCUGGGGUGGCCGUGUGAGCUGCGGGCGCCGCGUGGCCUGGGGCUGCGGGAGCCAACACCGAGCGGCCCAGCACACGGCGGAGAGAUUCCGUACUGCUCCGGGACUCCAACCCGCCGGGCUGAUAGAAACUACUGAUCCAUAACUCUGCGUGUAGAACCUGCCCGCCCCACCGCCUGUCUGCAGACCUGUGUGCCUUCUUUGUAAACACCCCCAUGUCUUUUCGAGAUCUGUUCGAUACACAGAGUUCAGUGUAAGCAGCGGCACCGAGUGUUCGGGAACCGACGGAUCCUUUUCGAUUCUUCCUGUUACAAGAAGCAGUCUUCCUUUUUCCACGGGCAAUAGCUGUCACUUUAUUGCGGUCAAUCACUUUUCCAGACUAAGAGAAGGGAUUCCCUCCGUUUUUGCAUUACGGCACUUUUAAUUAGUCUUCUGAAGGCCCCCCUCGUUGCCUGCCCCUCUGCCCGGGGUGGCUGCGGCGCAGUGGCACGCAAACACCUUCGUGUUCCGCCUUCCCUACGUUUAGGCCCACCGUCCUCCUCCUCCUCCCGCACUGCCUUGAGCUCUAACACCUCCAUUACUGUUUAUAACAGUGUAUUUAUUACGUAAUGUAUAUACUGUAAUGUUUUGUAAGUUAUUAAUUUAUAUGAAUUAGCAUUGCCUGUCGGCGGCGAUGUUAAUUGUGUAGAAGACUCGGGAUAAGAGUUGCCUUUUAUUUUUCCUUUUUUUUUGUUUUGUUUUGUUUUGUUUUGUUUUCUCGUAACCUUUUGUAUUGCAUAAAGUACAAAACCUGAACACAGCUGAAGAGACAUACGCAACCCAGGGGACGGGGCGGAGGUGGCCGCGUCCUGCCCCAGCCUCCCGACAACCCAAUGUGAACCUCUAUGACAAAAAUGUGAACUGAUGUGAUAAUUGUGCUGUGAAACUCCUCCUGACGACGCCGUUGGGCACGGCGAGCAGUGCCACUCGGUUUGUAACAUACGUUUUGAGCUUCUGGUCCAACUCGUGACAACUAGUUAAUGACAAUAGCACAGUUGUGCAUGAUCAAUGGGUGUGUAUGUCUGUCGAACACUGCAUUGUUCCAGGUGGUUAUUUUCUUGUUUUCAAAAGUUUCACACAACGUAUGUUAUAGUAUUAUAUAUUGUGUUCAGAUGCAUUCUUAAGAGAUUUUUAUAUGAAGUGAAUAAAUGAACGCAUGACCCUG